GCUAACCCAACUCAAAAACUGGAACCUGCUGGAAAUUGAGUGGAAACUGAGAUUCUGAGAGGAAUCAGCUGUUUUUAUUUUUAUUUACUUAUUUUUCCCUUUUUUCCGUAUACUUGAACAGCAUCAAAGCCCAACUCGUUUGAGUUUGGUGUGUUUGAUAAAUAAAAUCACAAUACAAAAUCGUCUUGUGUUUUCUUUUCUUUUUGGGCCUGAAAGUGUUGGAAACAACAAAACCACCGCGCAGGGAUCGUGUUGAGUUUGAGAAUGGAGAAGACAGCAGUUAAAGUUCGAUGCCAGAGGAUUGGGUGCGACGCCAUGUUCUCCGAGGACGACAACCCCGACGGUUGCUGUCGAUACCAUGAUUCGGGACCUAUAUUUCAUGACGGGACAAAAGAAUGGAGUUGUUGCAAGAAAAGAAGUCAUGAUUUUAGCUUGUUUUUGGAAAUUCCAGGAUGCAAGACAGGAAAACAUACAACAGUUAAGCAAGUAAUUACACCAGUGAAGAAGAACACCAUGCCUUCUCCAACCGCUGUUUGUUCAACCAAUGCAUCAUCAAAGGACUCUUGUCCCAGAUGUCAGCAGGGUUUCUUUUGCUCAGAUCAUGGCUCACAAAGCAAACCUGCAAAUAUUAUUGGAGACAAGGCCGCAAAUCUGGCUGGAGAUGCAUCUGUUGAUAACAAUUCAAGUGUUCAUGCUCCGAAACCUAAGAAGAUAGUUGAUAUAAAUGAGCCACAAGUAUGUAAAAAUAAAGGAUGCGGUCAAACUUUCAAGGAAAAGGAUAAUCAUGACACUGCUUGCAGCUACCACCCUGGCCCUGCUGUUUUUCAUGACCGGAUGAGAGGGUGGAAGUGCUGUGAUAUUCAUGUAAAAGAAUUUGAUGAGUUUAUGAGCAUUCCUCCGUGCGCAAAGGGAUGGCAUAAUGCGGAUCCAGAGUCCUGAUCACUGGAGACACAGAAGGACGAGUUAUUUUCUUACAGUCUCAGAUACUCUAAUUGAAAUGGAAAAGGUGUUUGUUGAUUCAUUGUUGUUGAUUAAUUAGAGCAAAACAGUGUCCACUCUUUUUUCAUCUCCCUCAUCCCCUUUGGAUUGGUCAACCUCUAUGGUUAAUAUGCAAUAAUGCAAAGUUACAAGAGGUCACUCCAUCAGGAUCAUUUACUGUGGAUAGUGUAGAAUAUGAAUCUGUUGUCUUGUGUUCUUUGAAUGUCGCCAUUUGCUUUUGUUUGACUGGUUUGGACGGCUAAUCUUGAAACAUGUUGAACUCUAUUGUUUUGCCA